CGCCGCCGCACUCGUUCAUCAAGCAGGAGCCGAGCUGGGGCGGCGCGGAGGCGCACGAGGAGCAGUGCCUGAGCGCCUUCACCGUGCACUUCUCCGGCCAGUUCACCGGCACGGCCGGGGCCUGCCGCUACGGACCCUUCGGGCCCCCGCCGCCCGCGCAGGCGUCCUCGGGCCAGGCCCGGAUGUUCCCCAACGCGCCCUACCUGCCCAGCUGCCUGGAGAGCCAGCCCGCCAUCCGCAACCAGGGGUACAGCACAGUCACCUUCGAUGGGACAGCCGGCUAUGGCCACACGCCCUCCCACCACGCCGCACAGCUGCCCAGCCACUCCUUCAAGCACGAGGACCCCAUGGGGCAGCAGGGGUCGCUGGGCGAGCAGCAGUACUCCAUGCCGCCCCCGGUCUACGGCUGCCACACCCCCACGGACAGCUGCGCGGGCAGCCAGGCGCUGCUGCUGCGGACGCCGUACAGCAGUGACAACUUAUACCAGAUGACCUCCCAGCUCGAAUGCAUGACCUGGAACCAGAUGAACUUAGGGGCCACCUUGAAGGGAGUUGCUGCUGGGAGCUCCAGCGCAGUGAAAUGGACGGAAGGGCACGGCAACCACAGCACAGGGUACGAGAGCGAGAGCCACACGACGCCCAUCCUGUGCGGCGCCCAGUACCGGAUCCACACGCACGGCGUCUUCCGGGGCAUCCAGGACGUGCGGCGCGUGCCUGGGGUGACCCCCACACUGGUCCGCUCUGCCUCCGAGGGCAGCGAGAAGCGCCCCUUCAUGUGCGCCUACCCCGGCUGCAACAAGAGGUACUUCAAGCUGUCCCACCUGCAGAUGCACAGCCGGAAGCACACGGGUGAGAAACCCUACCAAUGUGACUUCAAGGACUGUGAGCGGAGGUUUUCGCGCUCUGACCAGCUCAAAAGGCACCAGAGGAGACACACAGGUGUGAAGCCCUUCCAGUGUAAGACUUGCCAGCGCAAGUUCUCCCGCUCCGACCACCUGAAGACCCACACCAGGACUCAUACAGGUAAAACAAGCGAGAAGCCCUUCAGCUGCCGGUGGCCCAGCUGCCAGAAGAAGUUUGCCCGGUCCGAUGAGCUCGUCCGCCACCACAACAUGCACCAGAGGAACAUGACCAAGCUGCAGCUGGCGCUCUGAGCCGGAGGAGGGGGGCUCUAUGGCCAAGGGGAGCCGCGUCCAGACAGAUGUCGGAAUCCCUCCUCCUCACCUCUCUAAAAAGGACUGGGAGUCGGUCAUCGGCCUGCGUCUGGCUUCCAAGUCCUCUUCGACCAGCUCCCCGAGGCUUGCCGGAGGAGCUGUCUCUGCUCUGCCAGCCUUCAGUUGACCCGGGCUGGGGGUUGCAAAGCCCAGCACCGCUUGGUUGGAGUUUUCCGCUGUGAGAACGGUUGUUGGUGUCCCCCUGCUCCUCCUAGCUCAUUUCACUAGGAAUGGAGUGGCUUUACCGUUUCCCAUCCUGGGGUAGUUGUAGGCCAGGCCAUGCGUAUGCGUCUGCUAAUGUAAACUUCGUCAUGGUUUCCAUUUACUAACAAACAGUGAGAAACAAGUCUGGGAAAUGUGGCGGGUGGGUGUUGGCGGACCUCCGGGGGCACGCGGGCUGCUAAACUGGGGCGCAGGAGGGGCCUCUCUCUGCUGGGCAGUGUCGGGCUCCUGCACCUCAUGCAACUGGGAAAAGCUUCGGAACUAACCAGUACCUCUGCACAGAAACACCCCCGAAAGCCUCUCACUGCAGGUGGUCUCGAGCUGACAUCCACACGGUGCCCCCAGGAAACUGCUUGAAGCUCCUAGAUUCCAUUUCAACUUUUUUCUUUUGACUUACAGUCGUCAGAGAGGUACAGAAGUCACACAAAGAAGCGGGGCUCACUUUCAUCAUUUGGGGUGCCAUUAGAUUGUGCAGACCACAUUGGCCGCGUGGUUUCAAGUUGUAAAAAUUUAAGUGACGAAGAAAAUAGGGGCUGUUGAGGACCCCGCUGAAGAGAUUGUUCCCGAGUAACUUAAGUGACUGGGUCCUCACGGAUACGUGAAAAGACUGCCGAGGGUGGGGGUUCAUGGGCUGCAGGUGGUAGGGUGAGUGUGUGAGUGUGAGCGUGUGUUCUGUGUUUGAGGGCGGGAGUUUAUUAUUUGCCAUUGCUUGAAAUACUGUGUACAUAUAGAUCUGAUGAUGAUCUCCUCUUUGACCACUAAAUUAGGAAGUGUACAGAUGCUGGGGCCUCGCUGCCGGGUGCUGUCUGCGGCGUAUUGAUGUUGACACUAAACUUGUAACUCGCAUUCUCACACUCCUCUGAUUAAAGUCUCCUCAAAAGUCA